AUGGGGGUAUUGCCCUGCUCGGGAUGGGUUGUCUUCAGCCCUCAGCUCGGGGCGAGCUGUCCUCAGCCCUCGGCUCGGGGCGAGCUGUCCUCAGCCCUCGGCUCAGGGCGAGCCGUCACGGCCUUCUGCCCGGGGCAGGCUGUCCUCGGCCCUUGGCCUGGGAUGGGCUGUCCUCAGCCCUCGGCUCUGGAGUUGUCUAGCACUGGUGCGGGCUUUUAUGUGGAUGCCACUGAAAAUCCUUGGAAAACGCACUACAGAAUGUACUCUUACAUAACACAAGAGCUUCCUACACUCAUAAAUGCCAGUUUUCCAGUGGAUCCCCAAAGAAUGUCUAUUUUUGGCCAUUCCAUGGGAGGUCAUGGAGCUCUGAUUUGUGCUUUGAAGAAUCCUGGAAAAUACAAAUCCGUUUCAGCAUUUGCUCCAAUUUGCAACCCAGUGCUCUAUCCUUGGGGCAAAAAAGCCUUUGGUGGAUAUUUGGGGUCAGAUCAAAGUAAGUGGAAGGCUUAUGAUGCUACCCAUCUUGUGAAGUCCUAUCCAGGUUCUCAGUUGGACAUACUGAUUGAUCAAGGAAAAGAUGACCAGUUCCUUGCAGAUGGCCAGUUACUUCCCGAUAACUUCAUAGCUGCCUGCACAGAAAAGAAAAUCCCUGUUGUUUUUAGAUUGCAAGAGGGUUAUGAUCACAGCUACUAUUUCAUUGCAACCUUCAUUAGUGAUCACAUCCGACACCAUGCAAAAUACCUGAAUGCUUGA